CGUCACGUGCAGUGGGCGGGGCCUCGCUGGGAAUCAGGAACAAUCUACAGCAGCCUAUGAUUGUAUCUGCUGCUAAUGCGCCUGCUUGUCUUCAGCGAUCCUGAGCAUAGUGCAUUCUUCUUCUUCUGUCUUUCCACGUAAAAGAAAUGCCAACAUGGGCUCUACAUGUGAAAUGAUGAGUAUUUGGAGAAGGCUGUCUCUGUUUGUUUUGGCGAGCGCCCUCUGCUCGUGCCCGUGCCGAGCUGAAGACAGUGCGAUGGAGAACAUCGUGACAGAGAAGAAAGCUGAAGAAAGCCACAGGCAAGACAGCGCCGACCUACUAGUCUUCAUCCUGCUCCUCACCCUCACAAUCUUGACCAUAUGGUUGUUCAAACACCGCCGCUUCAGGUUUCUGCACGAGACGGGGCUGGCGAUGAUAUAUGGGUUGCUUGUGGGUGUUGUCCUGCGAUAUGCUAUUCAUGUACCCAGCGACAUGAACAAUAUUACACUGAGCUGUAAUGUCAAUGCCAGUCCGGCCACACUUCUGGUGAAUGUCAGUGGUAAGUUCUAUGAGUACACGCUGAAAGGAGAGAUCAGUGGCAGUGAAGUCAAUGACAUUCAGGACAACGAGAUGCUCCGCAAGGUGACCUUUGACCCAGAGGUCUUCUUCAAUAUUCUCUUGCCUCCCAUCAUUUUUCAUGCUGGAUACAGUUUAAAACGAAGACAUUUCUUCAGGAACUUGGGCUCCAUUCUUGCCUACGCGUUUGUGGGAACCGUGGUGUCUUGUUUCAUCAUUGGGUUGUUAAUGUAUGGCUGUGUGAUGCUGAUGAAGCAAAUUGGCCAUCUGGGUGGUGAUUUCUUCUUCACUGAUUGCCUUUUCUUUGGUUCCAUUGUCUCAGCCACUGACCCAGUGACAGUUCUAGCCAUCUUCAAUGAGCUGCAGGUGGAUGCUGACUUGUACGCUCUGCUGUUCGGAGAAAGUGUUCUGAAUGAUGCCGUCGCUGUCGUACUGUCCUCGUCAAUUAUUGCAUAUCAGCCUGAAGGAGACAACACUCACACGUUUGAAGCCAUGGCCAUGCUGAAGUCCUUCGGCAUCUUCCUGGGGGUCUUCAGUGGUUCUUUUGCUCUUGGAGUGGCAACUGGAGUCGUAACUGCAUUGGUUACUAAGUUCACUAAGCUUAGGGACUUUCCAUUGCUGGAGACAGCACUGUUCUUCCUCAUGUCCUGGAGCACAUUCCUGCUGGCCGAGGCAUGUGGAUUUACAGGUGUGGUGGCGGUUCUGUUCUGUGGAAUGACACAGGCCCAUUACACCUUUAACAAUUUGUCUCCUGAAUCUCAGGAGAGGACAAAACAAUUAUUUGAGCUUCUGAAUUUUCUGGCUGAGAACUUCAUAUUUUCCUACAUGGGCUUGACAUUGUUUACCUUCAAGAACCACGUCUUCAACCCAAUCUUCAUAGUGGGCGCAUUCCUGGCUGUGUUUCUGGGCAGAGCGGCGAACAUCUACCCCCUCUCCUUCCUGCUGAACUUGGGCCGUAAACACAAGAUCAGCCCCAACUUCCAGCACAUGAUGAUGUUUGCAGGUCUUCGUGGCGCCAUGACCUUUGCCUUGUCAAUCAGGGACACGGCCACAUAUGCGCGGCAGAUGAUGUUCUCCACCACACUGCUGGUGGUCUUCUUCACCGUUUGGAUCUGCGGUGGAGGCACAACUCAGAUGCUGUCCUGCCAGAAAAUCCGUGUUGGAGUAGACACCGAUCAGGAGAACUUUCAGAUCGGCCCUGAUGGAGUGGAGAGGAGGAGCACUAAACAGGAGAGUGCCUGGUUCUUCAGGGUCUGGUACAACUUUGAUCACAAUUAUCUAAAGCCCCUUCUGACUCACAGUGGCCCACCGCUCACUGCCACAUUUCCAGCCUGCUGUGGCCCUCUGGCACGUUGCCUCACCAGCCCACAGGCGUAUGAGAAUGAGGAGCAGCUGAAAGACAGCGACUCGGACCUGAUCCUGAACGACAGUGACAUCACGCUGACGUACGGUGACAUCACUGUGAGCACAGAUGCAACGGGUGCUCACACGAGCGGGAUGCCCGUCGGAAGAGUGGCUGUGAACUCUGACGAGGCUCUGGACCGAGAGCUGGCGUUUGGCGACCACGAGCUGGUGAUCCGAGGCACCCGACUGGUCCUGCCCAUGGAUGAUUCGGAGCCCCCGCCCUCUGGACUCCCGCCGCCACCGGCACAAGAACGAAACGAUGAGUUGAACGGGGCGAGUCUCUUCUCUCUAACAUGUCUCAUCCAGAGUGAUCUCUCUCAGCACCUCUCCUGUCUCUGAAGUGGCUGGUUUGAUGUCUCUACCUCAUUUGUCACUCUUUCUUUUACAUCAUCACAGAAAUCUAAAUUAUUUAUCCACUUCUCUCGUGCAAGGCUUUUUUCUGUUUACGGCUUCCAAUCAGACCACUUAGCAUCUGACAUCACAUAUCUGAAGCAUGUUCGGUUUUCUCUAAGGUUACCAUGACAACAGAAUAAGCAUACUUUUAUUGUCUGUAUAGCAAGGCGUAAAAUUGCCAUGACCUGGCCUGCAUGCUUAUUUGUGUCCUCUCUUGACGUGCGAGCGCUUGUUUAGGAGAUGUGAAGAGUCCGCGGCACAUUCCUGUGGGUCUGAUGCUUUUUACUGCCUUGUCUCUUUGUGAGCGUCUGACAGAGGAGUGCUGGCUGGUGGCUCUGCGUUUGCUGUGCAGUUACAAUCAAGUGCCUGUCCAAUGUAGUUUCCCCUCCUUAGAGCAAAAUGACACUCUUUGCCGUCCACUAGAGGGAGGCCUUGUAUUUUGAUACUGUAUUGUUCGUCUGAGCUGUGCGGUAACUUGUGAUUGGCUGUAGAGAUGUGCUUGGAUCUUAUAUUGUGACCUUUGACUGUGAAUCUCUGAAGGUUUUUACGCCUUGUUGUUUGUGUUAUUGUUCAGAAGAUAGAGAGGCAUUCAUACAUUGCACUUUCUUUUUUGUUGUUGUUGUAACAUUUUUCAAAAGCAACUAAGAAAAGAGAUUAUUUUUCUUUCUUUUUUUUUUUGUCUAUGUAGUUUAAAUGUUUUAUGAACUAAAUGUCAUGUUUAAUUACGAAUGUCUAAAAUAAUAUGCAUUUGACUUUGGGAUUAUAAACCCCCCAAAAUUAAGAGAAAAUUGCCCUUACUUUUUGUAGUAGGGCCUUCUAGCAUAAUGCAUUGAGCAGUCUGUUUAAAAAAAAAGAAAGAAAGAAAUGCUAAUGGAAUAGCUAAUGACUUGAGCUUUUUUAUUCCUAAUUUUUUGCAUGUUAUAUUAUGUGGAGAAGCAUAACCCUCCAUGUUUCCUCCCAAAGUCCUUUUUGUGUGUUAACCAUUUCUAACAAAUUGAAAAUUAUUUUUCUAUCUAGAUCAGUGUAGAGCAUCGCAUCAACACCGUUGUGAUUUUUACAUUGGUUGGAGAUAAGGGUAUUUCUUUAACUGUUCAGAUUUUAAAAGGGCUGAAUGAAUAAAAGAAGUUUUAAUGUUCACACCUAUGGAAAGAAAAAACAUUGUACGAGGCAUUAAGUUCUGUCUGAUGGUUUCAGGCUGUACAGGCAUCUGAAAAAUGGGGUUGGAUUUGUAUGCAGUAACGAACGCAGUAAAUUCUGUGUUGAUGGCAUUACAGUAAGAUCUUUACUUUUAGACCUGCAUCCCAAUUUGCAUACAUUACAUCCAAAACAGAUGGUGAGGAUUAGAAUCAGUGCCUCCCAAAUUGUUUAACUUUUCUCAUAACUUUAGAUAUUUUUUGCAAAAUCUGUAAGGUGUUCAGCAUUUUUUUUUUAAAUGAAUUAAACUGAUAUUUAAGUAUAUACACAAAAUCAUGAAAGUGAAAUUACACAAAUUAUUUUUUGUUCAAAAGUUUACAUUCCCUUGGUUCAUCAUAUUGUUUGGCUCAUCGAUCAGCUGUGAUGUGUAUACUUGAAUCUCUUAUGUAAGAUAUAUAUAUAUAUAUAUAUAUGUAUAUGUAUACAUAUAUUUUACUAAUUCUGCAAGGGGUACAUAAACUGCUUAUGAAUUAAAUAGACAAUUUCAUAAUGUCCAAGUACUGUCAUACAGUGUACUCUCCCAUCAUCAGUAAAGUGUACAUGCUUUAAGUGUGCACUAGAAGUGCGUAAAUUGGGAUGCAGCUAAUGAUUUAGUUAUUCUUAAUUUUAAGAUGAAGUGAGAUUACAUGACGAGCCAUGACCCAAGAAAAUGAAGGAACGCAAGCAGAGGAGCAAUCAGAUCUUUUGUAGAAUCCAUCCCAUGUGUUUGUAGUUUUUCUGUCUGUUUGUGGUGUGUAUAGAAACCGCUGUUGUGUGGAUGUUGUCUGGACAAUAGGGGCAUCAUUAGCCACGGAGCAGGAAAUGUUGAUAAGACCCCGCCCUGCCAGUGAUGUCUGUGUGCUGGAAAAUUGCACACGCUGUGGGAAGAGAGGAUGACGGCUGGUCAUCACAGUGGCAUCAGAGCCCUUCGACACAGAUAUGUCCUGCUGUGCAGGAUGAUGUGAGGGGAGGCCCCAGUAUUGUAAUACACAUGAACUGUGUGUGUGUUUGAGUAGACAUAAGAGUUAAGCAUUAUUAGCAGAUUUGCACUUUCGUUUUUGUUUUUAAUUUGCUUUAAAAGAGACAUACCUACUGUUCUUUGUCAGAGCAUCAUGAUGAACUCCAAUACAGAUUGUCUUUUUUUUUGUCCUUUGAGAAAUUCAGACAUCCUACUAAAUUCUACUUUUGUGGAAAACAAAUGAUGAGAAGAGAAAGAAAAGUAUUGAGUGUCUGUAAUACCUGUUUGCAGCAGGACUUCAUAAAUGUUUGCAUUUGUAAUACUGGAGAAUGAAUCUAGUUCCUUUAAGACCAGAACUUAUGAGUAGUGAAUCUAUGAGAUGGAUACUGAGUGGUACAGAUGAACUAGAAGUUUCUGUGCGUUGUACAGAUAUUGUUCCAGAAAAUAAUUCUAAUUAUUCAGGGGUGUGAUUACUUUGAUUAAAGCUUUUUUCUGUUUAAACACUUGUGUAAUCUGUGUUCUCCUCCAAAAAUGCAUAAAACACGAAGAAUGAGCGCUUGAGUGUAAGACUAAAGAGACCUGUGCAUCCCCAGCUAGUCCAAAGUAGCAGAAGCUGAAUGGACUUUAAUGGUGGUAUAUGUGCUGUUUGUUCUGGUCCGCAGCUGUGUUAGUCACACGAUGUGCAGCUCUACUCUAAUGUGUUGCAGGUACUGACUGUUUACAUCUGUGUAAAUAUUCUCAUCUGUUCAUGUGUGUGCAAUGGUCAAUAAACAGAAGCCUGUGCUUUAGAUUAAA